AGAGUCAACAUCUACUCCUAUCAACCACACCAUACGUCUUAAGCUUGACUGAACCAUAUAUCCUCCAUGUUUUCUUCACAUCUCCCCAAACCCCACAGAACUGAAGAAUGAGACAUUCAAACUGCAUCCUCUUGUUCUUCACGUCCCUGGUUAUCUUCUUCCCAACAAUCUCCCUCUCCAUAGAUACCUUGACUGCAACUAAUUCUGUCACUAAUGACCAAACCCUCGUUUCCUCCGGCGAUGUUUUCGAGUUGGGAUUCUUCAGUUCCGGGAGUCCAGACAAAUGGUAUGUCGGGAUUUGGUACAAGAACAUUCCUGAGAGAACCUACGUGUGGGUUGCCAACAGGGACAACCCACUUUCUAACUCCUCCGGAGUUUUCAAGGUUGCAGAUCAGAACAUUGUUCUUCUCGACCAAAAUCAGAAACCAGUCUGGUCAUCGAACAUAACGAAAGGUGGUAACACUACCGCUGCGGUGCUGUUGGAUUCUGGAAACUUGGUCCUGAGAGAAGCAGAGGAUCCCAGCAACUAUCUCUGGCAAAGUUUUGAUUUUCCGACCGAUACCCUGUUGCCGGACAUGAAGCUGGGUUGGGAUCUGAACACAGAUUUGGACAGGUACUUGACGUCAUGGAGAAGCUCGGCAGAUCCAUCUUCAGGGGAUUUCUCGUUCAAGCUUGAUUACCAUGGAUUCCCGGAAAAUUUCCUUUGGGACAAUAAAGAGAUAAAAUACAGAAGCGGGCCCUGGAACGGCGUGAGGUUCAGCGGCGUUCCGGAGAUGAAACCUCUGGAUUAUCUCAAGUUCGAAUUUGUCACCAAUCAAGACGAGGUGACUUACUCAUUCUCUGUCACGACCAAUAAUCUGUUUUCCAGGCUAAUCGUGAAUCCAAGCGGAGUUCUUCAGAGAUUGACCUGGAUUCCGGACACCAAACAAUGGAACCCAUUCUGGUACGCACCGAAGGACCAGUGCGACUAUUACAGAGAGUGCGGUCCGUACGGUAUCUGCGACGCGAAUGCAUCCCCUGUUUGCAAGUGUCCGAGAGGGUUCGAGCCGAAGAACUUGCAGGCGUGGAAUUUGAGAGAUGGGUCAGAUGGGUGUAUGAGGAAGACGAAUUUGGAGUGCAUGGGAGACAAAUUCUUACACCUGAGAAAUGUGAAGCUGCCGGAAACUACCACGGCGUUUGUGGAUCGGAAUAUUAGUCUUAAGGACUGCAGAGAUCUGUGCCUGAAGAAUUGUUCUUGCACUGCUUAUGCUAACGCCGAUAUCAGAAACGGCGGCACUGGGUGUGUCAUCUGGGUCGAUGAACUGCUGGACAUCAGAGAAUACCCUUCCGGCGGCCAGAAUCUGUUUGUUCGAUUGGCUGCUUCUGAUCUUGGAGACAGUGGGAGGAGGAAUGCUCUAAUCAUAGCCAUAACGGUUGGCAUUGGCAUUUUGCUUUUAGGAGGAGUUGCCUUUUUCAUAUGGAAGAGGAAGAGAUUGCAAAGAAAAAGAAAACCAGGACAGAAAGGCCUUCAUGAAAGAAGCCAAGAUUUUCUAUUGAAUGAGGUGGUUAUCUCAAGCAAGAGAGAGUACUCGGGUGAAAAAUCAGACGAGCUAGAAUUGCCACUGUUUGAUUUUGAUUCCUUAGCAAAAGCCACAGACAACUUUUCUGAAGAAAACAAACUUGGACAAGGUGGUUUUGGUUGCGUUUACAAGGGUGGACUGGUUGAGGGUCAAGAAAUAGCAGUAAAAAGGCUCUCAAAGAACUCCGGGCAAGGAGUUGAAGAAUUCAAGAAUGAGGUUAGAUUGAUUGCAAGGCUUCAACACAGGAAUCUUGUCCGGCUUCUUGGUUGCUGCAUUGACAUGGAUGAGAAGAUGCUAAUUUAUGAGUACAUGGAAAACAAAAGUCUGGAUUCUGUUUUAUUCAAUAAGGAAAGAAGCUCCUUGCUGACUUGGAAAAGGCGGUUUAACAUCAUUUGUGGGAUUGCUCGAGGACUUCUUUAUCUUCACUAUGACUCCAGAUUUAGAAUAAUCCACAGAGAUCUAAAGGCAAGCAAUAUUUUGCUUGAUGGAGAAAUGAACCCAAAAAUUUCAGAUUUUGGCAUGGCUAGAAUUUUUGGCAAUGAUCAAAAUGAAGCAAAUACAAAGAGAGUGGUUGGAACCUACGGAUAUAUGUCUCCUGAAUAUGCAAUGGAUGGACUCUUCUCAACUAAAUCAGAUGUUUUCAGCUUCGGUGUUCUUGUAUUGGAGAUUGUCAGUGGUAAGAAGAAUCGAGGAUUUUAUCACUCAAACAGUGAACUAAACCUUCUUGGCCAUGCAUGGAGAUUGUGGAAGGAAGGGAAGGGAUUGGAAUUAAUAGAUCCUGUAGUAGGUAGUUCAUACGCGGAUCAAGAAGUGAUGAGAUGCAUCCAGGUUGGGCUUCUGUGUGUGCAAGAGAGUGCAGAAGACCGGCCAACAAUGCAUACUGUGGUUUUGAUGCUGAGCAGUGAAACAGCAACAAUGCCUCAACCUAAAACACCCGGGUUUUGCCUGGGAAGAAGUGCUGUUGAAACUGAUUCAUCUUCAAGCAAGCAAGAAGAUCAAACAUUCACCGUGAACCAGGUCACCGUUACAAUGUUAGAUGCUAGAUAGUGAAAGAAAACACCUGAUCUAGUACAUUUGUACAUCACAAAAGUUUCUAAAUUUGUAUAUUUUCUGCCACCGCGUUUGCUGCCAUUUGUACUGCAGCUUUGAGUACUCUUCAGACCUUUUUGUUCCUUUUUUUCCUUUUUGUCGGCAUCAAGUCCUUUUUGUUCUAAUUUGAAAAAGAAAAAAAAAAAGCCUUC